AUGACUAUCCGAGUACAGAACCAGAGCUCGAAACCUAUCCAACUGCAGAGAGGUGUAAGACAGGGUGACGUUAUUUCCCCGAAACUCUUCACCGCUGCAUUGGAAGACGUUUUCAAGCUACUGGACUGGAAAGGAUACGGUAUUAACAUCAAUGGCGAGUACAUCACUCACCUUCGAUUUGCCGACGAUAUAGUCCUUAUGGCAGAAUCGCUGCAGGACCUAAGCACUAUGCUCAAUGACCUCAAUGGUGUCUCCCAACGGAUAGGUCUUAAGAUUAAGAUGAACAUGGAUAAAACAAAGAUCGUGUUUAAUAUCCAUGUCACACCUAUGCCGGUAGUUGUUGGGAGCACUAUGCUCGAAGUUGUUGACGAGUACGUUUACCUGGGACAAAUAGUCCUACUAGGUAAGUCCAACUUCGACCGAGAGGUCAAUCGACGGAUUCAACUCGGCUGGGCAGCGUUCGGGAAAUUACGAAGCAUCAUCUCGUCAGGUAUACCUCAAUCUCUGAAAACUAGAUUGUACAACCAGUGCGUAUCGCCAGUGAUAACUUACGGAUCUUAG